CCUCUGACCUCUACACGGUGUUUGUCACUGGUCUAUGGAUCGAAGUCACUCAUGUGUUUCAAAAAAGAUCUGAGCGUCUUUUCAUAAAUUCCCUCUUGAGUCUUGAGAAGGUCUCCCAGGAUCUCAAACGACAAACACUAAGCGGCUAUCAUGACCACCCCUACGAAUGACCAACCACUGCAGGCCCCAACGGGGUCAAAUGGUCCCCCGCCUUUGAGGAUUCGUCGCCCAAAAGUGGCGGAUCCUCUCGUGCGACCGAAGAGAAGACCGGCAGUGAAACCUCCGAUCCCAACAUCAGCGGCAAAUAGCGCAUCAAGAUUGCCAUCCUCCAGGCCCGUCACUUCCAAUGUACUCUCCGGGAAUCGGCCCGAGAGAACUGGACCUGCGCAUCCAAGGCAUGAUUUCGCGACGAACGGAUUCAGUGGCCCAUUGUUGUCCGAAAAUUAUGUUGAUUACCCUAUUGUGACUACAAGACGAGCAUUGCGCGAAGGCCUGAAGCAUCAUAUUGCAAGGUUCACGUCUAAGAAAUCUGUUGAUCCUCGCGAUGAAUCUCAAUUUACUCGUCCCGUUAGACUCCAGCGCCGAGAUCCACGAGCACGGUCGCAUGAAUCACAUGUUGAAAGAGGCCAAUUCAAUUCAAAACACGGUUUCGAACAAAGCACUCAGAUGGAUGAACUUGAACGGGAGGAACUUGAGGCGAGGAAGGCAGCUCGCGAAAAAGAGCGUGCGGAAAACAUGGCUCAAAUAGCCCCCUCUGUCGGAUCGGCGCCGAAAAGACAUAACGCACCUAAGCAGAAAACUCAGCAGGUGGCUAAGACGGACAUGACACCCGAAGAGAUAGCCAGGACUCGGAUCAAGUACGAGGAGGCCCUACCAUGGCACUUGGAGGAUUUUGACAACAAGAAUAUCUGGGUGGGAAAUUACGAAGCCGCCUUGUCAGAGACGCAUGCGGUAUUUGUGCUUGAGAAUACAGGGAGAAUGAGAAUGAUUCCAGUGGAAAAGUGGUAUCGCUUCAGUGCGAAGAACCAAUUCAAGGCCUUGACCAUAGAAGAGGCCGAAAGAUUCAUGGCUAAAAAGGUCAAAGACCCACGGUGGUUCAUGGAGAAGCAGCAAGAAUUGGCUCAGCGGAAGGAGCUUGAGCAGUUUGCUAAGCAGCAAAAAGUGUACGCCGGCAAACAGGGUACUCCAGGCGGAGUUGAAGGGUUAGAAGGAGACGAGAUGGACUUCGAAGAGGAUAGGUUUGCGGACGACGAGGAGCACGAUGAUCUUUUCAACGAGGACGAGGAAGCAAAAGCGGCUGAAAAGCGAAUCAAGAAAGACCAGCUGAAGGCGAAUGUGUUCGAUCUGAAAAUGGAAAAGGACUAUGAAGAGGAGGAAAUAAGAGAGAAAAGAGAAAAAGAAGCCCGUCGGGUGCUCGGAAAGAAAGUACGAAAGGCCCUUCAGAAGAGAGAAAAGAACUUCGACUAUAGCAGUGGCUCGGAUGCGAAUCCUUAUUCCGAUGACGAGAGCUCGGAUGAAAGUGAUGCUGAACGGCCGAAGGAGGAGGAAGAGGUAAAAGUCGAAGAGGACAAGAGCAAGAAAGAGCCCUCUAAGGGUAACCUUACGCCAUCAGGUCGCUCAAGACAUACGGAUUUGUUGAAGAAAGGAACCGCCACAGCACCUCGGAAGCGGCUUGGAUCUCCGUCUGAUGCAAGUGGGACAGAUACUUCUCGUAAGAAGGGGAAGAGCAAGCACCCAUCUUCCCAGCCUACACCCCAGCCAUCUUCUCGACCCAUGUCUCCAAACGCGUCAUCAUCGUUGCCAGUCAGCAAAAAGCGCGUUAGGAAUAUGCUAGGGGGAGGUGCGGGAUCUAUCAGUGAUGUUGACGGUGGUGCAGGAUCAGGAGGGGAGAUGAGCGAAAGUGGGAAGACCAAGAAAUUGAAACUCAAUCCUCCCUCCGUAGCAUCCCAGAGUGUGACACCUCAAGGAUCUAGGGCUGGAAGCCCGGUUCCCCUGGGUAGCAAGAGCUUCUCAGGAAGUCGUGCUAGCAGUCCAGAGUCAUUGAGAGGUCCGACGCGCAUUUCGACACCAGGGCCAUCUAGUAAUACCCAAAGCUUCCCGACACCCGCGGAAAUUCAUGCCGCCAUCCCGCAAUCCGGUAUCUUAAGUAGCGACUUGCUAAAAAUCUUCCGUCCUCGUAUCGGGGAAUCCAAAGAGAACCACCGAAGGUUUAUCGCUAUCGUCAAAGACGUGGGAGUUUACGGGAAAGAGGAUCGGCUUUUACGACCUGGUUCACUGAAGGGGCCAUGAUCCUAUCUAUGUGACGCCCCAUCAAACAGGGUUAUAUGCUACACAUGUCUUGCAGCAAUCGUUGAAUAGAUACGAGCAAGUAAUGGAAGCCUAGAGCAGCUUUUGCAGCGGCUCUGUUAUAAUCGAUUUUCUCUAGGCUGGACUAGCAGCCGCUGAACUUGUACGCCACGCUUUUACUAGAUCAGGAAGCAAAUGAAAAUGCAUUUAC